CACUCCCCGCCCACCGGACGUCAGACCGCCCACCGGAGAGAGGACAAAAACAAUCGGCAUCUCUUUCUCUCUCAAUCCGAACAUAAACAAGAGGACUGGACGUAAACCUGCUUAUCUGUCGCUUUCAUCAGUCGUUAUCGAGAUGGUUUCUCCGGUCACUGUGGUCAAGAGUGAAGGCCCCAAGCUGGUGCCGUUCUUCAAGUCAACCUGUGUUUAUUUCGUCCUGUGGCUGCCAACCUCGAGUCCAUCUUGGUUUAGCGCACUUAUCAAAUGUCUACCCAUCUUCUGCCUAUGGGUGUUUCUCCUGGCACACGGCUUCAGCUUCCUCGGGGCUCACUCCAGCGCUCGCAAGAUCCUGGCUGGACUCAUCUUUUCCGCCCUGGGGGACGCCUUCCUCAUUUGGCAGGAGCAAGGCUACUUCGUCCAUGGUCUUCUGAUGUUUGCCAUCACCCACAUCCUCUACUCAUCUGCGUUUGGGAUGAAGCCCCUCAACGUGUGUGCAGGCCUGGUGAUCACGGCGGUGUCCAGUCUGAGCUACUUUCUCCUCUACCCUUACCUGUCGGGCCCCUUCACCUACCUGGUGGCCGUCUACAUCGCUCUGAUCGGCUUCAUGGGCUGGAGGGCCAUCGCUGGCCUGCAAUUAGCCAACGAUCUGUGGACCUGGACCAAGCUGUCGGCCUGCCUUGGCGCCGUUCUCUUCAUGGUGUCCGACCUCACCAUUGCUGUCAACAAGUUCUGCUUCCCCGUGCCGCACUCGCGUGCCAUCAUCAUGGCGACGUAUUACGCCGCACAGAUGCUGAUAGCGUUGUCAGCUGUGGAAUGCCAGGAUGCGGAGGUCGCCAGGAAGAGGAUAUGAGGACUCGGUGUCUCCGUGGUAUCCUGCUUACGAGCCCCUACAAGGUGGUAGUCGCUUCCCUGGUGAUCAUGGACACAUCUCACUACCACAUCCCUAAGCCUCAGCCCUCAUUUCCAUUGUUACCAUAGCAACUGGAGCACCACAGCCAUGUAUGAUAACCCCACACUUCUUUCUUACCGUGAAGCUGCGGUUGGGUCGUAUUAUCUUCAGCCUCUUCCAGCAACAAUCCGACCUGGUAUUCAAAUGCCUCUUGCAACUGACUGACCAACGAUGUGUGCACGGUAUCGUUAUCCCGCUCUACAAAGUAUUAGGUGUAAUUAUUUUUCGUUUAAGAGGUGCAUGCCACUCUGGACCUUUUUUGACGGGGGGUGCAAAUGUACAUGUGGAUUUACAGUAAGUGUUGCAUUCACGUACGUACAUUACUUUUACCACGUCGUUCCCAGACUUGAGACGCUUAAAAAUCCACUUAAUUUUUUUUCCAUGCAAUUUCAUAACAUUUCCUUGUCUUUUAGUUAUGUAGCGUCUCAGUCAACCAGGUCUACAACUGUUGAUUUUGUCCUCUCAAAAACGGGAUUUAUGACAGAUUUGCCCGUGUUUGGCUCCGCCCCUUAUGCUAGUCUGUCUUACCCUGUAUUGACGAUGAUAUUUUCGAAGGAAAAGUACACUUUUUGCCCAUCAUUUACAAUAUUACACAUUUCUUUCCAUUUUCUGUGCAUUCUAAUGAUAGAAAACAAGUUAAUAUGAGCUACCUAACAAUGUACAUCAUGAGAUCUAUUGUACCUAUUUUGGCGCUAAAGCCCUAACAAACAAACAAAAAAAAAAGCCAACAGUGUUCAAUUUACAUAAGUGACUAUAUAUUAAUCAAGCUACGGCGAUAUUGUUAUUAUAGCAACUAACACGAAAAACGAUAACGGUAACACAACGCCUUGCUAGCCGCUAGUCUCACCUAGUAAGGCAUUGUGUGACACCGCCAGAUAUAGUUUUUCUAGCCGUUAUCGUAGCAGCUAACAUGAAAAACUACAUCUGGCGGUGUAACACAACGCCUUGCUAGCCGCUAGUCUCAGCUAGUAAGGCGUUGUGUUACUAGCCGCUACUCUCAGCUAGUAAGGCGUUGUGUUACACCGCCAGA